AUGUAUAUAUUUGACAUAGAAAAUAAAUCAUAUUUAAAAAAUAUAUUAUUGGAAAAAAUAAAAUCGUUAGGAAUAAGAAACAAUCAAAUUUUUCAAAAGCCUCUACAUUUACUAAGUAAGAGCGUAGUUUAUAGAUUAGAUGGAUCUCCAUUAGAAAUUCCAGAAUUUUUAGCUGAAGCAUGUAGUUUUAUUGAAAAAAACAUUAAAGUCGAAGGGAUUUUUAGAAAAGCAGGCUCGACUUCGAAGCAAAAAGAAAGGAAAUUAGAAUUAAACCAGGGGAAAAAAUUUAAUUAUGAUUAUCACGUCUUGGAUGCGUGCAGUUUAGUAAAAUUAUUUUUCAGAGAAUUACCACAACCCCUUAUACCAUAUGUUUUUCAUGAUAUUUUAUUGAAAAGUUUGUUGCUAUCAACAUAUGAAAAAGAAGUCGAAGGUUUGAUGCUGACAUGUUUGCUUUUACCAGAAGAAAACUUAGCGACAUUGGCUUUUUUUCUCGAAUUUCUGCUCAAAGUUUCACAGCAUUCGGAUAAAAACAAAAUGAAUAUAAAAAAUUUAGCAAUUAUUUUAACACCUACUCUAAUGCCAUUAAACAAAAACUUAAGAGUGUCCAAUAGCAUAGAAAUGGCUCACCAUUUUAAAGUAAUGGAGAUGUUAAUAGAAAAUUCUGAAAAUAUUGGUAAAGUGCCUGAUGAAAUUAUAGCAGAUAUGUUAUCAAUUAAUAAUAAGAAAUCUAAAAAGAAAAGACGUAGCGGUUCAAUCACGAGGAUGUUUACAGGCCUUAGGAAAAUUGUCGGAACCAGACAUUCUGAGGCAUCUGAAUUUGAUGAUUCAUUAGUUUCAUCCCUUAACACUUCUGCUACUUUAGGAAAAAGGAAAAAAACAGAAACUAAUGCAUCAUCUAAAAAGAAACGUUUAACUGAUUCAGCUCUUGAUUUUUUGACUCCUUUGAGAUGUAGGAUGGAUAGCUAUACAGCAUCUAAUAAUUUUUUUUCCAGCCCUUUUUCUAAAGACUUGCAACCAAAGAAAUCAAAUGAAAAAGAUGAGCGUAAGGAAUCAUUAAGUAAAAGCGUUCACGAAAGAUGUGGUUCGGAAACCAGAUUGUCUCGUUUAAAUCUUGUACGACGAUGCACUACGAAAAAAUUGAAACCGUUGGAAAAACCUAAAACUGACGUGAACUCGGAGAUGCCCAUUUCAAAUAACAUUGCUAGAAUAUCGUCGGAAAAAAAUAUCAGUUUGAACAAUUGUUUGCAAAAAGACUCACUUUUGAGUAAUUUACAAAGUACCGACGGCGAAUCAGGGUUUGAAGAUGGAACAAGCGAAAACAUAACAAAUAUUUCCGACAGUGAUUUGAUAACCGUUCAUAAAAGCGAAUACGAGGCUAUUAAAAAUCGGGUAUCUGCUUUGGAAGAAGAUUUAAAAUUAUUGACCACCGUUCAUUCAGUUCAAUUCGCUUAUGAGAAAGCGUUAGAAGAAUCAGAGAAAUUAAAUGAAAACACUCCCGACCUUGCUCGGAGAUUGAGUAAAGAAUUGAAAAUAAGGUUAAGCUCGGAAAACAAAGUCGUGAGAUCUCCCAGCGCAAGGAAAAUAGGUUCCUUCAGACGGCGUUCGAAAGAAUCCAUAUGUAAAAAAUCAGAGCAGAAGGGUAGUUUGAAAAGGGGUAGGCCUAACACGGUUCUUACGGGUCUACCGUCACCGAGGUUGCGUACGCUGAGCAACGAAAACAUUUCAACAACCAAACCGGUGUGCAUGGUCACGAGAUCGUCGACCUUUCACAGUGCUAAAGAAGAUUGGGAAAGCGGCGAAGCUUUUUUCGCCAAGGAGCAUCUGCUGCGAAAAUUAUCACCGGCGGUUCAAGGGAGGCCGUCGCUGGCGGAAAUCCGUUGUCAAAACGCGGGAAUGGUGUUGGAAAAGGCUAAACUAUUUAAUUCAAUGAACGAAUCGAAAGAGGCGAGAGUCAAAAUGCCGAGACGUCAAUCCAUUCGCAUAGAAAAUUUAAGACGGUUUAACGAAGCCGAUAAAAAUACAAAAAAAAUGCUGACGAGAACGAGAAGUUUAGGAUCGGAUAAAAAAUUGAAAAAUUCUUCUCCGGGCCUAAUGACGGAGAGUCCGAUUCAAUCGAAAUCCCACGGGAGAGAAAUGGGUCAAGAGUUUGUAACGACUCCUAAAACUCAAAAAAUUCAAACUCCAUCUCACGGAAAUCGUAGGGAAACUCCAUCUAUAAAAAAAUCACUGACGGUAAGAUCUCCAAGGAAUUUCGCCAAAACGCCUCUCAGUCAAAUGCGUUCGGCAAAUAGAAUUCGAAACACUCCGAUGAAAGUUUUGGCGGAAACCGGAAACACUCCUCGUCAACACUUGAGACGAUCACCGCAUGAUAAGUCACUGUUAAAAGGUCACCGGGUCAUAAAUAAUGUACUUUUAUCAGCGGAAACGGAAAAAGAUUGUAACGGUUUUUAA